AAUUUAUUCAAGAUAAUGUUUUACUCACUAGCUGGAUGCUUAAACGGUGGGACAUGUGAUCUUGAUGAAGUAGACUGCAUCUGUCGAAGAGGAUUUACGGGACAGUUUUGUGAAACUAAUAUAGAUGACUGCGCAGCUGACCUCUGCCAAGUUAAUGCUAUGUGUUUUGAUGGAUUUUACGACGUUAACUGUUGUUGCGACAUUGAUCAUGUGGGAAAAUAUUGUAAAAACGAGAAAAGAUGUAAUAACGAAUUAUGCAAUAAUAGAGGAAAAUGCAUUGUAAGGAAUAACACAGAAAUAUGCAGAUGUUUAAAAUUAUAUAAAGGCAAAUAUUGCGAAAUAGAAAUUAAAAAUUGUUCAGUUAACCAUUGUAAAAAUGGAGGUUUGUGUGUGCCUGCAUAUCCGAAAAAUAUUUGUCGAUGUCCGCCAUCACAUAAAGGAAACGAUUGUUCAGAAGAGAGAUAUUUCAUGUACGCACUCAACUUUCAAAAAAAUAUUACUACCGAAUAUUCAAUGGUAGUCAAUAGCCGUUUACUUGAAGAAGUUACUUUUGCAUUUUGGAUGAAAGUUUCGACUCUUCAGCAAAGAGGAACGUUGUUUUCAUAUUCGUACUUAGAUCCAAUUAAAUACCAAGAUGAACUGCACGGGUUUGGCUUAAGCGAUACUUCAUACUUAAAGUUAUAUAUGUUUGGAAAGAAAUAUCUUUUAGAAAUUAAACCCAAUACAAAUUGGCAUCAUUUCGCGGUAACAUGGAAGAGUGAUUCUGGAGAAGCGUCAGUUUAUUGGGAUGGAAAACUAAAUCGCAUCAUAAAUAACGUGAGAAGAGGUAGACUUUUAUGGAAUGGUGUUCUAGUGCUUGGACAAGAACAAGUUGCACUCGGGGAAGUUUCCUUUAUAGGACAUUUUUCUAAAGCGGAAACAUAUUUAGGAAAGAUAAUUGAAGUAAAUUUUACUUAAUUCUCUUUAUAAUAUUUUUAUUUAAACUUUAAUGAAAGAAUGCAUUCAUCAAGAAACGUCCCGUGAAUUUAUGUAUUGUAGGAAUUAUCAAAAAUAAUUAACAUCACUGUGAAUUUGAAUCCUGUUUAUAACUUAGCAUAGCAUAUA